AUGUCUGUUUCAUUAGCUCCACAACAUCAAAUCAAAGGACAAACUGCUUUAAUCACAGGCGGAACCAAAAAUUUGGGUGGUGACACUGCCAAGGAAUUGGCCAAAUUAGGCGCAAACUUGUUCUUGCAUUACAGAUCCAACCCUGAAGAAGCCAAAGAAUUUCAAGCUGAGUUGGCCAAACAACACAAGGACAUCAAGGUUGAAAUAUAUCAAAGUGAUUUGAAAUCAGCUCAAGACUUGGCCAGUCUAUUCAAAGCUGCUAAAUCUGCUUUCCCAAAAGGUAUCGACAUUGCUAUCAACAAUGUUGGACAAGUUAUCAAAAAGCCAAUCACUGAUUUCACAGAAGAAGAAUUUGAUUCUUUGGAUUUGAAAAAUAACAAGAUUGCAUUCUUUUUUAUCAAAGAGGCAGGUUUGAACUUGAAUGACAAUGGAAGAAUCGUGUCGUUGACUACCUCCUUGUUAGCUGCGUACACUGAAUACUAUGGUGGCUAUCAAGGAACCAAAGCUGGUGUUGAGUUUUAUUCGAAAGCAGCUUCAAAGGAGUUACAUUCAAGAGGUAUAACUUCCAAUUGUGUCAGCCCUGGACCAAUGGAGACUCCAUUCUUGAUCAACUCCGAACAAAAGGAAAGUGUUGAGUUCUUCAAGACUGUUGGAUUACAUGGUAAAUUGACUCACACAAGUGACAUUGUUCCUAUCAUUAGAUUCUUGGUCACCGAAGGUACUUGGAUUACAGGUCAAAAUAUCUUUGCUUCAGGUGGAUUUACAGCUCGUUAG